CUUUUAGAGUUAAAACGAGUGAUUAACAGUUUUUAUUCUUCAGUCUGAGCAGAUGCCACCAGGGGGCUCCACUCUGCUCAACAGGAAAUCUACAGGUUUUAAAACAGAAUGAAAGAAGCUGGUUUUAAAGAAGAAGAAUGACCAGCUGUUGUUACUGAGGUGGAAUAAAAAGAGUUCUCACCACAGAUCAGAUGUUUCUGUAGAGAAACGGUCGACGUGUUGGUGAGGAGUUAAACUGUGUCCUGCUGUGAGGUGCUGUCACACCUGUCAGAGGUCAGCAGGUCAGACAGGUGGUGUCCAGGGUGUGAGGAGGGGGAGGAGGUAUGGUGGAAAACUGGGUGGAGGAGGUGUAGUUGCUGUGUCCUGUGAUCAGCUGCAGUGACGCUGACUGACCAGCAGAGGACCUCACAGCUCCUGGUCCUCAGGGGUUUGAAGGUGGAGGAGAGGAGGAGGUGUCGGUCUGAUGUGGAUCCAGACCUCCACUCUGAUGGUUCAGAGGGUCGUUGUGAAGCCUGGAAACACCUUGAAAACAGGAAACCUCCUCUAAGGUUUCUGAGCUGGUGUCCCAGAAACAGAAACUAACUGAUGAAGAUGAAGACCCCGUGGUGUGGCUGAAAGCUCUGGAAGCAGCCUGUCACUGAACCUCAGAUUCUGUGUCAGUAAAAGUGCUGCACAGUUUCCACGAAACUCCAUUCAAAAAACGGCCAUUUUAACUGUUUGACUUUAACCCCCAACACACACACACACGUGUGUAUACACACACGUGUGUGUGUGUGUGUGUGUUGGGUGUUCCCGAAAUAACUCAGCUUCAGUGUUGGAGGGGGGGGUGCUGACCUACAGAGCAGCAGCAGAGUUUUAACGUUCGAACUUCAGCUGAGAAACUGCAGAAAAUCCUCAGACCUUCAUGUUGGUUCUACUGAGGAAACAGAAAACAGAAGAAGAGAAAGGUCCGGGUCCAUCCGGAGGAGGACGGCCUGGAAAUCUGAACCGUGGCUUCUCUUUUCUUUUUCUCCUCCUGGAUUUAACUCGAACCAGAUGGUCCGCCUGCCAGACUCCACCGAUACUUCAGUUGUUUUUAACCAACCAUCAAACUCGGUCUGUUUUUCCUCUGAUUCUAGCCCUCGGUUUUUAACGGGGAAACGCGCAGUUGUAGCUCAGAUCAACGGUUGAGUUUUCCCGUUAACGGCUUUUCCUGUUCCUCUGAAGGUCCCGUUAUGAUCUGAGUUCUCAUCAGCUGACAGGACGUGGCUUUUUUCUGCUCAGACGGAUAAAAACAGACUGAGGACCUGGUUGUGUUGUGCUGUUUCUCUCUGGAGUAACGAGGAUCAUCUGGAAAUGAAGGAGAAACUUUUUCCUUUGAAGAGUCUCGUGGUUUUUUCCUUUAAACCCUCAUGAGGAAGAGGAGAUGCAGUUGCGCGUCUUCGCUGCUCUGCUGCUGUCUGAGUCCGUCCGCGGCGCAUACAGCGGUCCGCUCAAAAUCUGCGCGUUUUAAAGUUUGAUUCGUUACUGAUGAGAGUUCUUCGGAUUGAACACGUGAGUUCAAACAUUUUCACACUCUGAUGAAUCCACAUGCAAAUUCGGCAUCAAUAUAAUUCAUCAGAAGGAUCUUUAUUAACAAAAAGUCACAUUUAACAACCGAGAUACGCUCAUAUUUGGUGAGUAGAGGUUUGUCACCAAACUUCACUGAAAGUAAGUCGAUUUUUCAAACGGAGUUAGUUUGUGUUUGUAGGAUGAGUUAAUAACGACUCAGACUGUAACUCGGGAUAAAUAUAACCCAGCAGUCCCGAGUCAUUGAUGUUGAGGAGGAGCUGAUGAGGAUGAGGAGGUGAAGUGAUGCGGUGCCUCCUGGCUUCAGCCGGUGGACUCCUCCUGAGGGACGCCGGGAUGCUGCUCCGCCGCCGGUCCUGCUCCGGUCCGCUGCUCCUGCUCGGGGUGGCGGUGUGUCUCUUCUACCAGACCCUGAUGCUGGCCCGGAACCGGCUCCGGUCCGGACCACAACAACCCGCCGCCGAUGUCCGCAGCAGAAAAACAUCAGAUGAGCUCCUGAUGGAGGAGACGAGGAGGUUCAUCUCCACCCUGGAGACUUCACAGAGAUACACUCAGGUCCAGGUGUGGUCUCAGAGACCCCCCUGGUGUCGUCGGGCCGUGGUCCUGACAGGUCGACACCCGGUCUCUGACACCGAGGUCCAGCUGUACCAGCGGGUCCUGCAGCAGAUGGACUACGAGGUCCAGAUGUCCAGAUACGCAGAGACCAGCAGCUUCCUCCGAACAAACCACGGUGUGAGUGGGUGGAGCCUGCUGCUGUGUCUCAGUACGUCAGAACGGAGCUGUCUGAGGAGAAUCUCCUUCUCUCGCCUGCAGCGUCAACAGACGGUGAACCUGAUUCCUGUGCUGAUAGAGGCCUUCUCUGAUGCUGGUGGAGGUCUCUGUCACCUGUACACUCGCUCACACCUGACAGGAUCAGAUUUACCCAUGAGGCCAUACUCCUGUGGAUCGACCAAUCAGAAGCUGGAGAUUCCUCAGGACAGUCGCUCACCUGUGGGAACCCCACCUCCUGGUCUGGUUGCCACGGUGAACGUUCACGUCCUGGUGACGUCAGUCAGACCGCUGACAUCAUUCCUGCAUGACAUCAGCGUGGUGACGACCAAUCAGGAGCCGAGGGGACGACCCACAAAGCUCAGGGACUUCCUGCUGCAGCAGCUGGGACCAAUGAGCUCCCAUCAGGCCUUGGGGCAGGUGAAGCAGGUGAUAGGUGAAGUGCUACAGGCGGCAUUGACCAAUGACAAGAAACAAACAGUCAACAGGUGUGUGUUGUGUUACCAGCUGCUCACCUUCACUCUGCUGUUCAGCGGCUCCAUCACACCUGUUAUCAUCCAGGUUGAUGCUGACUUGACGCUUUCUGCUCUGAGCGAUGACACGUUUGAUGGACAGAUCACCAAAGACCUGAUCCUGGAGGACACGCUGCACUUCCUGCUGACGACACACACACACCUGUCCUCAGAGACACAGAUGGAAAGGAGACAAUACGGUGGCUGCAGAGGGACAAACAGUCUAUGUUUGUCAGACGAUGAGUUUCUUCUCCUGCUUCAGUUUCAGAGACAGAUGACGACACCCUCUGCUUUUCACCUGCUGUAUCCCAGCACCUCCUCCUCCUUCUCCCUCUCCUCCUCCUCUUCCUCCUCCUCCUCCGGUCCUCUCUCCGUCUCUGAGCUCCUGAUCAGGAUCAGUCGUUACUAUGAGCUCCAGAGAAACUUGAGCUCCAGACAUGAUACACAGGUUUCGACCAAUCAGGAGUCGGCGGUGUCGUCUUCACAGGACAGAGCAGCAGGUAAAGGCGGCUGUGUGGACCCCCACCUGAGGCAGAUCUACACUGACCCCCCCCUCCCCCUGACUCCCCCCUUCAGCCCCUGGGUGAAGGAGUACCACGCUGAGGUGACCUUUGACACGGUGAUGGUUCGACUCCGUCCGGAGCCCGUCAGCUCGGCCUGCCGGGUCCACCUGGAUGAGCACGGAGGACCCAGGAUGGCGAAUUACCCAGUCGGCCUUGGCAACAGCAGGAUCAGCAUCCUGGUGACAGACGACGGCGAGCCGGAGCCCGUUGUCAUGACGAUCUACACCGUCCACGUGUACCGAGAGAGCCGGCCCAGUCUGCCCAUGUUUGGAGAUCAUGUGACGUGCAGCUUCGUGCAGGACUGUGGUCUGCUGGUUCGGCCCGGUCGGUCCUGUGGUCUUCAGCCCUUCAUCAGGUCUCAGAGUCCACUUCAGACCUGCAGCUCCGGACAUGAACCAGGUCGGUGGGUGGUUCCGUGUCUCAGCUGCUCUGACAACAGGACGUGUGAUUGGAGGGAGGUUGCCUGGCAACCAGAUGGGUGUUACCACCCAUUAGUGGACCGCCCCCUGCUGCAGGACUGCAUGACGGACAAGAAGGUGUUGUUCUUCGGCGACUCAACCAAUCGGGGGAUGAUGUACUUCCUGAUGGAGCGGGUGAACUCAAGUCUGGAGGACUGGGGCAAAGCUCAUGACACGCUGGUCUACAGGAACCUGAACGGAGGACGGACUCUGGUCAGUUACUCGUAUUAUCCUCAGUUCUGGUUGGAGAAGAAGCGGAGGCCGACGUUCAGGCAGGCGCUGCUGACGCUGCUCAACAGGUCUCGACCUCUGGUGAACUCUGAGCUGACGGUGCUGGUGGUGGGAGGAGUCCAGUGGCUGAACACCAAUCACCUGAGGACAGUCAGAGAGGUGCUGGACAGGGAGUCUCUCAGUAACAUCCUGGUGGUGGUGAAGUCUUUGGGGAUGGGUUUCCAUCUUCCUGUGGAUGGGAUCAGGUCUCUCAGUCUGAGAGAAAUCCAAUAUCUCGACAAAGAGAACGACAACAUCAUCGCCACAGCAAAGUAUCAUGGGUACGAGGUGAUCGACACGUUUGGUAUCACAAUGGGUCGAUACAAAGAGUUCCUGCAGGGACGAUGUGCCUGCCACUUUCAUGAGGUGGAGAAGUUCUGGGCCUCCAGGACUCCAGACGACACGAUGUCCACCACCAACAGAACCAGAUCCACCAGAGCUGGACUCAGCAGCCAAUCAGCCGUGCAGGACAUGGACCAGGAGGCGGGGCCUGACGCCUUAACCUAUCACGUGAGAGGACCAGUGAACCAGGUGUACUCUGAGAUCCUGCUGAGUCGCCUGUGUCCCAGAACCAGAAAGUAAACACCUGAGAGAGGGAGUACAGGUGAGUCCUGUAGUUAGACUCACCUGUUGGGGGUGGGGGGGUGGGGGUAGACAGAGGAGUAAAAAACAAAUAAUGAGGAAAGAGAAAGAAGAAAAAGAGAGAUGAACUCUUUCCACUUUUCCUCUUCAGGACACAAAGAUGGUCUGUCUUUAUUUCCUCAGGAUCACACAUUUAUCUUGUGAUUUCAGCACCAACGAACCUUUGACAUGACAACAAAAAUAAAAAUCAAAUUCCAGGAGUUUUUAAGGAGUCCAGGGAAAAUUAGAUAUUUUCUUGUGUGCAGGAGAAGCAGCAGAUUCUUUCUCAUGAACUCCAGUGAUUCUCUGCUCAGCAGCUUGUUUUUAAUCCUAACCCUAACCCCAGUUACACAUGCACGUACAGCUAGUUACUGCAAAAAGGUUUUAUUAAUUCACUGAUCCUUUAUUGAUGCAGGAAGGUCCCACUGAGAUAUAAGAUCUCUUCCUCUGAGUCCAGGUUAGCUUCGACCACAGCUACAGUCAGAUUAGUAUAAACCACAGCUACAGUCAGGUUAUCUUAAACCACAGCUACAGUCAGAUUAGUAUAAACCACAGCUACAGUCAGGUUAUCUUAAACUACAGCUACAGUCAGAUUAGUAUAAACCACAGCUACAGUCAGGUUAGCUUCGACCACAGCUACAGUCAGACUAUCUUAAACCACAGCUACAGUCAGGUUAUCUUAAACCACAGCUACAGUCAGGUUAUCUUAAACCACAGCUACAGUCAGGUUAUCUUAAACCACAGCUACAGUCAGAUUAGUAUAAACCACAGCUACAGUCAGGUUAUCUUAAACCACAGCUACAGUCAGGUUAGCUUCGACCACGGCUACAGUCAGAUUAGCAUAAACCACAACUACAGGAAGGUUAGUUUAAACCACGGCUACAGUUUAGUCGGCACCUACUUUUUUCUAAUGCACAUUUUCUAUUUAAGUACAGUAUUUAGUUUUCACCACCUCAUUUCUAAAGGGCACUAACUAGUUUUACCAAACACCCCAGGUUUCUGUUGCAUAUUAACUAGUUUCUGACAUAUAAGGAGUGUCUGUUGCAUAAUAGCUAGUUUUCGAAGCACACUAAUUAGUUCCUGUUACUAGUUGUGAUGUGUACUAAGCAGUCUUUAAUCCAAAAAAUUUGGUUCCUGUGGUUCAACAGUUUCUCUGUAUCUGUGCCCAGCUAAACUCCUGUGUUGUAUCUGAAGUUAAUAACUGAUAAUUAUUCAAUAACUAAUGUCAUUGAUCGCUAACUCAGACCAGCUCCUCUGUGUAUAUUUAUAUUUCUACAUACCUCAGUCACUGACGUCGUAUUAAAGCCAAAGACUCGAUGAUAACUCUGUUUAUCAUGUGAAUGAAACGUCUUAUAUUUGAUCCUCUGCUUAUAUUUUCUAUAUUUUUCUACAGAUGUUUAUUGUGCCUUUAUCUCAUGUUUACAUGCUGGACAAAUAGAUUCUAUGAAUAUUUAUAUGAAUGUUAUAAUUCUCUCUGAAAACACAUUUUAUCUUUAACUACUGUGAAAUCUGUUUUUUAUUUCUCUGUCAGUCAUCUGACUUUGUAUCUGUUUUUUCUACUUCAAACUUUCACUCGUUCACCUUUUUAAAGAAAAUAAAAGUGUAACUUUAACAUUUUAAUAAAUCCUUUGUCAGAAAA